CGGCUGCUGCUGCUGCUGCUGCUGCUGCUGCUGCUGCUGUUGUUUUUUGCAUUUGCUGCGCCUUUGGAUUUUGAAAGCCGUGUUCCAAACGAUUUUAGUUAAAACAUGCUACGUGCGAGUAUAUAAACGAAGACGCGUCUUUUCGUGGCUUAGUGCGACAGCGAACUCUUAACCAGCCGGCGAUCAAACCAACUCUCCUCCAAAGCACCGACCAGCCAGCAAUUCCAGUUUUAGAUCGAGCGACAAUCCACUGAAAAUGGUCAAAGCUGGCCACAUAAUAUUUUUGACUCAGCUUUUGGUCAUUGCCAGCGGCGCAGAUCUGAGAACAGACAACGACUACGUUGACAAUGAAGUCAAGCCAGUCGAUUUGGCGCUUACGUUUCCCAGGGUAUCUCGGAAAACCUCUACAUUCAAUGGAAAUAUUGAAAAAAUCGACGUAAAAUGCGAUACGUCGAAUGGCAUGAUUGUAGAAGUGGAAUUUUCGGAGAUAUUCAACGGAGUUAUAUACAGCCAAGGAUACUACAACGAUCCAAAAUGCAGAUAUGUGAACUCUGGCAGUAAUGAACGUCGCUUUGUAUUCAAAGUGCCGUUCGAUGGUUGCGGCAGCAAACCCUCCUGCUCGUUGUGUGCAUCUGUGGAUAAUAUUCUAAUCAUACAGAAUGACCAGGAUAUCCAAGAAAGCUGGGACACAGCACGCAAGAUAACGUGCAGUCGCAGCGAUGAACAGGAGAAAACCGUUUAUUUUCGACCGUUUGUUGUCGAUAUGCUAGAAGUGAUUGAAGUAGAAACGCCCAGCGGUCCAGUUGAAUGCUGGAUGGAAAUAGGAACGGGUCUUCCACCGAAUAUAAAGCCAAUUAAUUACACGUUGAAGCUGGGCACGGAUAUAACAUUUACUAUUAAUGUAAAACAAUUGUAUCAGACUUGGGAUAUUAACAUUUUACAAUGUUAUGCUUCUGAUCAGCCAGACUUUGAAGCAGGAACUACAAACAAACUGCAGCUAUCCGAUAAAAAUGGAUGUUCGCUGAAGAAAAAAGUUUUCGGCGAGUGGAAAAAAUUGGAAUCACCUCCUGGUGAAACGUUAACAUACUACAAUACGCUUAAAGCUUUCAAGUUUCCCGACCGAUCUCAAGUUUAUCUAAAAUGCGAUAUUGAGCUAUGUAAUGGACCCUGCGAACGAUUACUUACUUGUGGUGAGGAUAUAAAAGAACCUUGUUCGCCUAGCUCAAGCAAGAAUUGCGGACAAGAUUCCCAAAUAACACCGAAGCCCCGAUGCUAUCCUGGUUCAACAGAUCCAAGUUGUCAACCAACAACUUACUUGCCUCCAACCACUGUUCGACCCCCAGUAACACCGACUAAGCCAAGGUGUUAUCCAGGCUCAACCGAUCCUCGCUGUCCGCAAGAACUAAAGACAACUGCUUCGCCUGACUGCUAUCCUGGAUCAAGUGAUAUCCGCUGUCCACAAGAGGCAAAGACCACAUCGAAGCCCCGAUGCUAUCCUGGAUCUACAGAUCCCGAUUGUCAACCAGCCACUUACUUGCCUCCAACCACUGUACGACCACCAGUAACACAGCCUAAGCCAAGGUGUUAUCCAGGCUCAACCGAUCCUCACUGUCCGCAGGAACCAAAGACAACUGCUUCGCCUGACUGCUAUCCUGGAUCAAGUGAUCUCCGCUGUCCACAAGAGGCAAAGACCACAUCGAAGCCCCGAUGCUAUCCUGGAUCUACAGAUCCCGAUUGUCAACCAGCCACUUACUUGCCUCCAACCACUGUACGACCACCAGUAACACAGCCUAAGCCUAAGUGUUAUCCAGGCUCAACCGAUCCUCGCUGUCCAAAACAGCCAAAGACGACUGCUUCGCCCAAGUGCUAUCCAGGCUCAACCGAUCCUCGCUGUCCAAAAGAGCCCACUACAACGACCACAGGUCCCUCAUGUUAUCCAGGAUCAAAGGAUCCAGAAUGCCUCAACUGUUUCCCAGGAUCACCAGAUCCAAGGUGCCCCAAAGUGCAAACUACUGAAAAGCCUGGAUGUUUUGACGGAUCAAGUGAUCCAAAAUGUCAACCAGCCACUUACCUUCCGCCAAUAAAAACGACGAGAGUUCCAGACAAUCAGAAUACGCCACCAAAACCCUCUUGCUAUUCAGGUUCAACCGAUCCUCGCUGUCCACAACAACCAAAGACGACUGCUUCGCCCAAGUGCUAUCCUGGAUCAAGUGAUCCUCGUUGUCCUCAAGAGCCCAAGACCACAUCGAAGCCCCGUUGCUAUCCUGGUUCAACAGAUCCCGAUUGUCAACCUGCAACUUACCUACCUCCAACUACAGUUCGUCCACCAGUAACACAGACUAAGCCAAGGUGUUAUCCAGGCUCAACCGAUCCUCGCUGUCCACAACAGCCAAAGACGACUGCUUCGCCCAAAUGCUAUCCUGGAUCAAGUGAUCCUCGUUGUCCUCAAGAGCCCAAGACCACAUCGAAGCCCCGUUGCUAUCCUGGUUCAAAAGAUCCCGAUUGUCGACCUGCAACUUACCUACCUCCAACUACAGUUCGUCCACCAGUAACACCGACUAAGCCAAGGUGUUAUCCCGGCUCAACCGAUCCUCGCUGUCCACAACAGCCGAAGACGACUGCUUCGCCCAAGUGUUAUUCUGGAUCGAGUGACCCUCGUUGUCCACAAGAGCCCAAGACCACAUCGAAGCCCCGAUGUUAUCCUGGUUCAACAGAUCCCGAUUGUCAACCUGCAACUUACCUACCUCCAACUACAGUUCGUCCACCAGUAACACCGACUAAGCCAAGGUGUUAUCCAGGCUCAACCGAUCCUCGCUGUCCACAACAGCCAAAGACGACUGCUUCGCCCAAAUGCUAUCCUGGAUCAAGUGAUCCUCGUUGUCCUCAAGAGCCCAAGACCACAUCGAAGCCCCGUUGCUAUCCUGGUUCAAAAGAUCCCGAUUGUCGACCUGCAACUUACCUACCUCCAACUACAGUUCGUCCACCAGUAACACAGACUAAGCCAAGGUGUUAUCCAGGCUCAACCGAUCCUCGCUGUCCACAACAACCAAAGACAACUGCUUCGCCCAAGUGCUAUCCUGGAUCGAGUGAUCCUCGUUGUCCUCAAGAGCCCAAGACCACAUCGAAGCCCCGUUGCUAUCCUGGUUCAACAGAUCCCGAUUGUCAACCUGCAACUUACCUACCUCCAACUACAGUUCGUCCGCCAGUAACACAGACUAAGCCAAGGUGUUAUCCAGGCUCAACCGAUCCUCGCUGUCCACAACAACCAAAGACAACUGCUUCGCCCAAGUGCUAUCCUGGAUCGAGUGAUCCUCUUUGUCCUCAAGAGCCCAAGAUCACAUCGAAGCCCCGUUGCUAUCCUGGUUCAACAGAUCCCGAUUGUCAACUUGCAACUUACCUACCCCCAACUACAGUUCGUCCACCAGUAACACCGACUAAGCCAAGGUGUUAUCCAGGGUCAACCGAUCCUCGCUGUCCACAACAGCCGAAAACGACUGCUUCGCCCAAAUGCUAUCCAGGCUCAACCGAUCCUCGCUGUCCAAAAGAGCCCACUACAACGACCACGGGUCCAUCAUGUUAUCCAGGAUCAAAGGAUCCAGAAUGCCUCAACUGUUUCCCUGGAUCACCAGAUCCAAGGUGCCCCAAAGUGCAAACUACUCAAAAGCCUGGAUGUUUUGACGGGUCAAGUGAUCCAAAAUGUCAACCAGCCACUUAUCUUCCGCCAAUAAAAACGACGAGAGUUCCAGACAAUCAGAUUACGCCACCAAAGCCCCCUUGCUAUCCAGGUUCAACCGAUCCUCGCUGUCCACAACAGCCAAAGACGACAGCUUCGCCUAAGUGUUAUCCUGGAUCAAGUGAUCCCCGUUGUCCACAAGAGCCCAAGACCACAUCGAAGCCCCGUUGCUAUCCUGGUUCAACAGAUCCCGAUUGUCAACCUGCAACUUACUUACCUCCAACUACAGUUCGUCCAUCAGUACCUCCGACUAAGCCAAGGUGUUAUCCAGGCUCAACCGAUCCUCGCUGUCCACAACAGCCAAAGACGACUGCUUCGCCUAACUGCUAUCCUGGAUCAAGUGAUCCUCGUUGCCCACAGGAACCGAAAACCACAUCGAAUCCCCGAUGCUAUCCUGGCUCUACAGAUCCCGAUUGUCAACCAGCCACUUACUUGCCUCCAACUACAGCUCGUCCACCAGUAACACAGACUAAGCCAAGGUGUUAUCCAGGCUCAACCGAUCCUCGCUGUCCACAACAAUCAAAGACAACUGCUUCGCCCAAGUGCUAUCCUGGAUCGAGUGAUCCUCGUUGUCCUCAAGAGCCCAAGACCACAUCGAAGCCCCGUUGCUAUCCUGGUUCAACAGAUCCCGAUUGUCAACCUGCAACUUACUUACCUCCAACUACAGUUCGUCCAUCGGUACCUCCGACUAAGCCAAGGUGUUAUCUAGGCUCAACCGAUCCUCGCUGUCCACAGGAGCCAAAGACGACUGCUUCGCCUAACUGCUAUCCUGGAUCAAGUGAUCCUCGUUGCCCACAGGAACCGAAAACCACAUCGAAUCCCCAAUGCUAUCCUGGCUCUACAGAUCCCGAUUGUCAACCAGCCACUUACUUGCCUCCAACUACGGUUCGACCACCGACACCGACUAAGCCUAGGUGUUAUCCAGGCUCCAACGAUCCUCGCUGUCCACAGCAGCCAAAGACAACUGCUCUGCCCAAGUGUUAUCCUGGAUCAAGUGAUCCUCGUUGCCCACAGGAACCGAAAACCACAUCGAAGCCCCGAUGCUAUCCUGGCUCUACAGAUCCCGAUUGUCAACCAGCCACUUACUUGCCUCCAACUACGGUUCGACCACCGACACCGACUAAGCCUAGGUGUUAUCCAGGCUCAACCGAUCCUCGCUGUCCACAGGAGCCAAAGACGACUGCUUCGUCUAACUGCUAUCCUGGAUCAAGUGAUCCUCGUUGCCCACAGGAACCGAAAACCACAUCGAAGCCCCGAUGCUAUCCUGGCUCUACAGAUCCCGAUUGUCAACCAGCCACUUACUUGCCUCCAACUACGGUUCGACCACCGACACCGGCCAAGCCAAGGUGUUAUCCAGGCUCAACCGAUCCUCGCUGUCCACAGGAGCCAAAAACGACUGCUUCGCCCAAGUGUUAUCCUGGAUCAAGUGACCCUCGUUGUCCACAAGAGCCCAAGACAACUGUUUCGCCCAACUGCUAUCCUGGAUCGAGUGACCCUCGUUGUCCACAAGAGCCCAAGACCACAUCGAAGCCCCGUUGCUAUCCUGGUUCAACAGAUCCGGAUUGUCAACCUGCAACUUACUUGCCUCCAACUACAGUUCGUCCACCAGUUACACCGACUACGCCAAGGUGUUAUCCAGGCUCAACCGAUCCUCGCUGUCCAAAAGAGCCCACUACAACGACCCCAGGUCCUUCAUGUUAUCCAGGGUCAAAGGAUCCAGAAUGCCUCAACUGUUUCCCCGGAUCACCAGAUCCAAGGUGCCCCAAAGUGCAAACUACUCAAAAGCCUGGAUGUUUUGACGGGUCAAGUGAUCCAAAAUGUCAACCAGCCACUUACCUUCCGCCAAUAAAAACGACGAGAGUUCCAAGCAAUCAGAAUACGCCACCAAAACCCUCUUGCUAUCCAGGUUCAACUGAUCCUCGCUGUCCACAACAGCCAAAGACGACUGCUUCGCCCAACUGUUAUCCUGGAUCGAGUGACCCUCGUUGUCCACAAGAGCCCAAGACCACAUCGAAGCCCCGUUGCUAUCCUGGUUCAACAGAUCCCGAUUGUCAACCUGCAACUUACUUACCUCCAACUACAGUUCGUCCACCAGUUACACCGACUAAGCCAAGGUGUUAUCCAGGCUCAACCGAUCCUCGCUGUCCACAACAGCCAAAGACGACUGCUUCGCCCAAGUGUUAUCCUGGAUCAAGUGACCCUCGUUGUCCACAAGAGCCCAAGACCACUGUUUCGCCCAACUGCUAUCCUGGAUCGAGUGACCCUCGUUGUCCACAAGAGCCCAAGACCACAUCGAAGCCCCGUUGCUAUCCUGGUUCAACAGAUCCCGAUUGUCAACCUGCAACUUACUUACCUCCAACUACAGUUCGUCCAUCAGUACCUCCGACUAAGCCAAGGUGUUAUCCAGGCUCAACCGAUCCUCGCUGUCCGCAGGAGCCAAAAACGACUGCUUCGCCCAAGUGUUAUCCUGGAUCAAGUGACCCUCGUUGUCCACAAGAGCCCAAGACCACUGUUUCGCCCAACUGCUAUCCUGGAUCGAGUGACCCUCGUUGUCCACAAGAGCCCAAGACCACAUCGAAGCCCCGUUGCUAUCCUGGUUCAACAGAUCCCGAUUGUCAACCUGCAACUUACUUACCUCCAACUACAGUUCGUCCACCAGUUACACCGACUAAGCCAAGGUGUUAUCCAGGCUCAACCGAUCCUCGCUGUCCACAACAGCCAAAGACGACUGCUUCGCCCAAGUGUUAUCCUGGAUCAAGUGACCCUCGUUGUCCACAAGAGCCCAAGACCACUGUUUCGCCCAACUGCUAUCCUGGAUCGAGUGACCCUCGUUGUCCACAAGAGCCCAAGACCACAUCGAAGCCCCGUUGCUAUCCUGGUUCAACAGAUCCCGAUUGUCAACCUGCAACUUACUUACCUCCAACUACAGUUCGUCCAUCAGUACCUCCGACUAAGCCAAGGUGUUAUCCAGGCUCAACCGAUCCUCGCUGUCCGCAGGAGCCAAAAACGACUGCUUCGCCCAAGUGUUAUCCUGGAUCAAGUGACCCUCGUUGUCCACAAGAGCCCAAGACCACUGUUUCGCCCAACUGCUAUCCUGGAUCGAGUGACCCUCGUUGUCCACAAGAGCCCAAGACCACAUCGAAGCCCCGUUGCUAUCCUGGUUCAACAGAUCCCGAUUGUCAACCUGCAACUUACUUGCCUCCAACUACAGUUCGUCCACCAGUAACACCGACUAAGCCAAGGUGUUAUCCAGGCUCAACCGAUCCUCGCUGUCCACAACAGCCAAAGACGACUGCUUCGCCCAACUGUUAUCCUGGAUCUACCGAUGUUCGUUGCUCCCAAAGCUUAGUGACUUCAACUUUAUCGCCCGACACGACUCCUGUUUACUGUUUCCCCGGUUCUGUAGAUCCCCGUUGUCCUGACACGUAUAAGGGUUCAACGCCCAUACCGGCAACGUAUUUGCCACCGCUGAGCAAUCCAGGCUAUGACAGGACAGUUAGGGAUGCGAAAAAUAAGUUUUUUAAUGAGAUCAACAAACUAGCAAUAACAAACAAUAAUGUUUUUGAGUUAGACGAUGAUGAGGACGGCGAGCCCACGCGAAUUAAACGCGAUGCCGUUAGCGUUAAGAAUAUAGAUCCAAUAACAACCGCAGAUCAAAGCGAAGAUCUUUUAUCGAGGAAAAUUAUGAAGCGCGAAUUUACCGAUCGACAACCAGAUAGGGAAGUAAUUUCCUUUACACUCGGCAUUCGGACCGCCAUCAAGGUGAAUUAAUGUGGUAAAGUGCCAAAAAGUAGCUCUCGCGCACUUAAAUAGUUAAUCGCGUAAGCAUGUAUUAUGACUACAUAUUUAUAUCUUACUAUUAAUUUUAUUCAUUCAAAUAUACUCGAUUGUUAGUUGUAGUACUUGUAAGCUUUCUCAGCGUGUAACGCAUGAUUUAUGUAAAUGAAUACUUUUAAAUCAAACAAUAAAAUAUGUAAGAAUUCGAUGUAUUAUAUUUUUGUUUGCAUGAAAUGUUGUCAGGGCAAUACUAAAUGCAAAUUGUAACUAUCUGAUAAGUACUUAAAGCUUUUUCAAUUGUAAUAAUUGUAAGAAAACAUUUUAAAAACAUUUUGGGACAAGGAACAAACGUCAUUCUGUCACUCGCGCGAUUUAGAGGGCAAAAAAAACAUUUUUUUUUAUGUUGCGAGCUUCAAUUUCUUAGUUUUCUAGAGAGGACAUUCGUUUUUCGACCAUAACUCGACCAAUUCCUUGAGGAUCUGGAAAGGACACAUUUUAUUAAUCUCGCAGGAUUCAGGACUAUCGUCUGGUGGGUACAUGGGCAAAGACAAAAUAGUUCUAGCAGCUGUGUGGAUAUAGAGAACGGUUGCGCAUUACGAAACUCAGGUGCCUGGAGAGCAAGGGGACAGUUUUCUUGAACUUAGACUGGAAUAGUGACACACUCGGCUGCUCGCUGCGAAACAAGUUAAUUUUGGGGCAACAGUCUUACCUUAUUUUAAAGAAUCUUCAUCUGAGCGUAUUUGUUGCACGUCUUCCAAUGAUCUCCGUUAAGUUUGGUCGCUGUGAUACAAGAUGUUUUUGGGACAGCCUCUUCUUCCAACAGCAAAUGCAGAUAUAUAUUCUACUUUAAAAGCUAUAUGUCAAGUUUUGUGACUCUAGCUCUUAUUGUUUACCAAAACUGCACAAAAAACACGAUAUCGAUAUCGAUUUCUAACGAUUGCUUGGAAACGGGACUGAUAAAUUAAGGACUACAAUGAGCUCUAAGGACCUUCACGAGUGACAAAGCAGAUUUUUCCAGGAUCGGACUGUAAUUAAGCCAGAUAUAGUUAUUUUAAGUUUCCAUAAUAUAAAAUAAUAAUCAAUGUUCGAUUUGUAUUAUUUUAAAAGAAAUAAUUAAGAAAAUAACAUUAGAAACAACAAUUUUAUAAAUUUAAACAUGAAUAAACCAAUUAUUUCAAACUA